GCCUCCCCAUCCUCCCCCCUCCGGAGCUGUGUCUGUGACCUUUUCUGGUGCGUAUAUUCCUUAAUUUCUAUUCAUCUAGUAUUAGUAACCAUGCUUCGAUCGAUGCGCACUGCCGGCCGCCUGGCCAAGCCUCGGGCUGCUGCUGCCGUUGCUAGCACAUGCCUCUCUGGCACCGCCCGCGUUGCUUCAAAUGUUGCCAGCUCCUCCUCCAAGGUCGCCGUCAGCUUCUCUGCUGCCACCAAGACCUCUGCCCGUUACUUCUCCAGCUCCAGCGCCAUGGCCAAGAACACCAGAAUCGAGACCGAUGCCUUCGGCGAGAUCGAGGUCGAGUCCGACAAGUACUGGGGCGCCCAGACCCAGCGCUCUCUGAGCAACUUCAAGAUCAACCAACCCCAGGACCGCAUGCCUCCUCCCAUUGUCAAGGCUUUCGGUAUUCUCAAGGGUGCUGCCGCCAAGGUCAACACGCGCUACGGUCUUGACCCCAAGAUCGCCGAGGCCAUCCAGCAGGCCGCCAAGGAGGUUGCCGACCUCAAGCUCCUCGACCACUUCCCCCUCGUCGUCUGGCAGACCGGUUCCGGCACCCAGUCCAACAUGAACGCCAACGAGGUCAUCUCCAACCGCGCCAUUGAGAUCCUCGGCGGCACCAUGGGCUCCAAGAAGCCCGUGCACCCCAACGACCACGUCAACCGCUCCGCCUCGUCCAACGACACCUUCCCCACCGUCAUGCACAUCGCCGCCGUCCUCGAGGUCGAGGGCGAGCUCCUGCCCGCGCUCAAGUCCCUCCGCGACGCCCUCCAAGCCAAGGUGGACGAGUUCGAGGCCAAGAAGAUCAUCAAGAUCGGCCGCACCCACUUGCAGGACGCCACCCCCUUGACGCUCGCCCAGGAAUUCUCUGGCUACGUCGCCCAGCUCGACUUCGGCAUCAAGCGCGUCGAGGCCUCUCUCCCUGACCUCCGCCUGCUCGCCCAGGGCGGCACCGCCGUCGGCACCGGCAUCAACACGUACGUGGGUUUCGCCGAGGCCAUCGCCGAGGAAGUCACCAAGAUGACGGGCACCGAGUUCAAGACGGCCCCCAACAAGUUCGAGGCUCUCGCCGCGCACGACGCCCUCGUCCACGCCCACGGCGCCCUCAACACCCUCGCCGCCUCCCUCACCAAGAUCGCCCAGGACAUCCGCUACCUCGGCUCCGGCCCGCGCUGCGGCCUCGGCGAGCUCAACCUGCCCGAGAACGAGCCCGGCUCGUCCAUCAUGCCGGGCAAGGUCAACCCCACUCAGUGCGAGGCCCUCACCAUGGUCUGCGCGCAGGUGAUGGGUAACCACGUUGCUGCCACCAUCGGUGGCAUGAACGGCCAGUUCGAGCUGAACGUUUACAAGCCCUUGAUCAUCCGCAACUUCUUGCACUCUACUCGUCUUUUGGCUGAUGGCAUGCGCUCCUUUGAGAAGAACUUGGUUCACGGCCUGCAGGCGAACGAGGAGAAGAUUGCGAGCAUCAUGAAGGAGUCUCUGAUGCUGGUUACUUGCUUGAACCCCAAGAUCGGAUACGAUAUGGCGUCCAAGGUUGCGAAGCAUGCGCAUAAGAAGGGACUGACGCUUAAGCAGGCCGCGCUCGAGCUGAAGGCGUUGACGGAGGAGGAGUUUGAUGCCCUGGUGAAGCCCGAGUUGAUGAUUGGUCCUACGCCUUAUAAGGGUUAAGUAGUGACUGGGGUGCAAGAGAAGGGGGAAAGGGAGGUGAUGAUAUUUUGUAAUUCUAUGUAGAAUGAAGCUCAAUGAUACCAUUUUGAAGUACACAUCUCAGUUCAC